UCUUCAUGUUCGAAUUAAUCAAAUCAAUCUUUUGAGCUGAUUUCAUCUAUAUAAUACAGAAGGAAGCUAAUUCAAGUUAAAGCUUUUUUUUGGUUUCUAUCUGUUUUAUAAUGAAGAAAGGAACUACUGCUGCACAGCCCCCAUUUCGAGUAACAAGAGCUCGAGCUGCUGCUUGCCAGUCAUCUUUGGGUUCUGAACUACCAAAGGAGCUGGUACAGACUCGAGCUAUGAAUAACAACCAUAAAAGAUCCGUUCAAGAUGAGAAUAACAACAAUGCUAGCGUCAUGGGCGGUGCUCAAAAUAAGAGGAGAGCAGUGCUUAAAGAUGUCUCAAAUAUUUGCUGUGACAACUCUUUUAAGAAUUGCAUAGUUCCCACUAAGAUUCCGAAAAAGACCAGUAUGCUGGCUAAAAGGAAUGCAGUCAAUAUAUCAAAGGUCAAAACUCAACCAGUUUCUUCUCAAAAUAAAAAUGCUACUGUUGAGCACGUUAUGGAUUUGGAGAAUACCAAAAGGCCCCAGAAAGCUCCAGAAAGAGAAAGAUAUUUGAACACAGGUCAAAUUGACACAAGAGUAGUUUCGCAGUUGCAAAGCUUUUCAAAGAAAGGGAAAAGUAAGAUUCAUGAGAAGCUCAUGAGCGCUAGCAAACCAGAUGUAAUUGAUAUAGAUUCUGAUCAGAAAGAUCCUCAAAUUUGCAGCCUCUAUGCAGGCGAGAUAUAUAGCAAUCUACGUGUAGCAGAGCUAAUGCAUCGACCACAUUUUAAUUUCAUGGAAACAAUACAAAGAGAUGUAACUCAGAGUAUGAGAGGAGUUUUAGUUGAUUGGCUUGUGGAGGUAAGUGUGGAAUAUAAGUUGGAGCUUGACACACUCUAUCUCACAGUUUACCUUAUUGACCUGUUUCUAUCUCAACACUAUAUUGAACGACAAAGACUUCAGCUACUAGGCAUCACUUGUAUGCUUAUUGCUUCGAAAUACGAAGAACUGUGUGCACCAGCUCUCGAGGAAUUUUGUUUCAUCACAGAUAACACUUACACAAAAUCAGAGGUUGUGACAAUGGAGAGUGAAGUCCUAAAUAAUUUGAAUUUUCAACUUGCAGCACCCACAACAUUAACCUUUCUCAGGAGAUUCAUACGAGCAGCAAACGCCUCUCACCAGAUAUUGGGUCUUGAAUUCGAGUUUUUGGCAAAUUAUCUAGCGGAGUUGACUUUGAUUGACUAUAACUUCUUGGUAUUUCUUCCUUCAACUAUUGCUGCAUCGGUUGUGUUUCUUGCCACUUGGAUGCUAGAUCAGUCACAUCACCCUUGGAAUGAUACCUUGGAGCACUACACAAGUUACAAAGCAAUGGAUCUAAAGAACACAGUUCUCGCGCUCCAUGGUUUACAUUUAAAUGAUAGUAGCUCCCCUCUGACUGUUAUACGAUCAAAGUAUAAGCAAGAAAAGUUCAAAUGUGUUGCAAGUUUGCCUUCUCGUGAACUACCGGAAAGCUAUUUUAACAAGCCCCAAGGGAUUUCGUGCUAGUUUAUGCAGCUGGUUGAGUACCUCAAAGGCUAGUAUUGUGUUUUCGCUAUCUUUGUUUCUGUUGGAGUUUUGUUCUUGGAGAUCUGUUGAUAAUUUUUUGGGAAAUCUGAGUUGGGAAAUGGGGUUUUGGCUCUUGAAAACCCAUAUCUAAUGGUUAUAUUUUAGAAAGUGAGGCUGUGUAGCCACUUUUAGCCUCCAGGGUUGAGUUUAGUAGUAGGCGGAAAAAGGCAAAGUUAAAAACCUCAAGGAGGCUAACAUUUGCAUAUUUUUUUGUUCCUUGAAUAUUAAUUUGGUUUUUGGUGUGA